GCUGGAUUCACGGCUUCCUUCCCUUCUGGAAACCUUCACCUGGGGGUCUCGCACUGACCGAAAGGACAUUUCCAAGGCGCGUGCCCGAUGACAACAGUGUCGCGCGCCGGCUCCAGCGCAGAGCGAAGCGACCUGUAGAAGAUGGCCAUCCACGUGGAGGGGCUCGUGGCGAUCGUGAUCUUCUACGUGCUCAUCCUUGUCGUGGGGAUCUGGGCCGCGUGGAAGAACAAGAAGUCGGGCGUGGCGGAGGGCGUGGACCGCAGCGAGACCAUCAUGGUGGGCGGGAGGGACAUCGGGCUCUUCGUCGGGGGCUUCACGAUGACCGCGACGUGGGUCGGGGGUGGCUACAUCAACGGGACGGCAGAGUACGUUUACCUUCCCGGGUACGGCCUUGCCUGGGCUCAGGCCCCCUUCGGGUACGCACUCAGUUUGGUCUUAGGUGGUCUGUUCUUCGCCAAGCCCAUGCGCUCCAGAGGCUACGUCACCAUGCUCGACCCCUUCCAGCAGCUCUACGGCAAAAGGAUGGGGGGUCUUCUCUUCAUCCCGGCGCUGAUGGGAGAGAUCUUCUGGUCCGGUGCCAUUUUAUCGGCUCUGGGGGCCACCCUCAGCGUUAUCAUUGACAUCAACAUCAACAUGUCAGUGAUCAUCUCGGCCCUCAUUGCCAUCUUCUACACGCUGGUCGGCGGACUCUACUCGGUGGCGUACACUGACGUCGUCCAGCUCUUCUGCAUCUUCCUCGGACUGUGGGUCAGCGUGCCUUUUGCUCUCUCAAACCCAGCGGUGUCCGACAUCACUGUCACAGCCGUGAAGCAAGUCUAUCAGGAACCCUGGGUGGGGAAAGUCAUUUCGUCUGACUCAUGGAUGUGGAUCGACAACUUCUGCCUGCUGAUGUUGGGGGGGAUUCCCUGGCAGGUGUAUUUUCAACGGGUUCUCUCUGCCUCUUCAGCUACCUACGCCCAAGUGCUCUCCUUCCUGGCCGCGUUCGGCUGCCUGGUCAUGGCCGUGCCCUCGGUCCUGAUAGGAGCCAUAGGGGCCUCCACAGAUUGGAACAUGACCACCUAUGGGCCAAAACCACCCAAGGAGAAGGACCAGUCAGACAUGAUUCUGCCCAUCGUUCUGCAGCACCUGUGUCCCACCUACAUCUCAUUUUUCGGCCUGGGCGCAGUGUCUGCUGCGGUGAUGUCAUCCGCUGACUCGUCUAUCCUCUCGGCCAGCUCCAUGUUCGCACGAAACAUUUACCAGCUGGCUUUCCGCCAGUCGGCAUCUGACCGUGAGAUCGUGUGGGUUAUGAGGAUCACCAUCUUCGUAUUCGGUGCCUUGGCAACGGCGAUGGCUCUUCUGUCGGGAACGGUUUACGGCCUGUGGUACUUGAGUUCAGACCUGGUCUACGUCAUCAUCUUCCCCCAGCUGCUCAGCGUGCUCUUCGUCAAGGGCACCAACACCUAUGGCUCCGUGGCUGGCUACAUCUUCGGCCUGGUGCUCCGCAUAGGUGGAGGGGAGCCAUACCUCAAACUGCCUCCAUUUAUCUACUACCCUGGGUGGCACCAGCAGGAGAAGGUUCACCAUCUGACUAACGAGGUCGAGUAUGUCAUCAUGCAAAGGUUCCCGUUCAAGACCGUGUCCAUGAUCGCCUCCUUCCUGGGGAACGUGAUGUUCUCCUACCUGGCCAAGUACCUAUUUGAGAGCGGCACGCUUUCGCCCAAGUAUGACUUCCUUGACGCCGUGCUCUCGAAGCACAGCAGGGAGAUCAUGGACAAAACCACUCUGGUAAACAACGACAACAUCAUCCUAUCGGAGAUGGCCCCGGUGAAGCCUCGCCACAGCAUCACGCUGGCUGGAACGUUCACGAACAAGGAGGCUUUGAGCGAUGGCGAAACGAGCCCCGAUUCUUCCAACAAUGAAAUCGACUAGCGUCCCCUUGC